UUUUUUUCUUCUAAUUAUCUUUCAAGUCUUUCUCAUUCUUCUAUUUCCUAUCUAUACAUAUUCGACAUUACAAUUUUUAUAUUUUUUUUGUCCUCUUAAUAUAGAAAGAGAAUACGCUAUAAUGUACUACAAAUGUAUAAUGUUCACCUGUAUUGACGUGUACUUUUCUACGCUUGUAACAAACGAUAUUCCUUUACGAAGACAAGUGUCCUUCUGCGGUAAAUCAAAAUAUCGUGACAACGAAAAAUAUACAUCGAAUAUAAUCUCAGCAAACUUAAGAAGAUCUAUUGUAUUUGGAGAAUGGAAGACAGAGAAGACUCGAACUGAAAAUGGAAAGCCGAAGCAUCUUACUGCUUCUAUUGGAUCAAGGAAACCAAUUGUUAUUACAAAAAAAAAGUAUAAGGAGUUUAAAAAGCAUGGUCACUAUGUCACCAAAGAAGAGAAACAAGCAACUAUUGCACUAGCAGAAGAGGAAAGAUAUAGACUUACCAAGGAUAGCAUGAUGCGCAAAGAAGCUAUUCGUAGGAUGGACUUAACAAAGACACGUGAAAAAGACAAAAUAUUAAAUGAAGUCGAGGAAGAAGCUAGAAAAAGGACAAUGCAUUUACUUGAAAGAGCUUACAAUUUAAAGCUCGAGCAAGAAGAGGAAAUUCAAAAGUAUAAUCGGCUUAUCUUAGAAACUAAAUGUAGAGCCAUAAGAGAUAUGCAGAUAGCUGAAAAGAAAUUAAUCAAACAAGAAUUAGCAGAAGAAGAAAAACGUUUAAAUGACAUGAUGGAAAACGAAAGAAGAUGGGCGAUUGAGGAAGAUUUAAAAAAGGAAGAAGAAGAAAUUUCUAGGAAACAAAUAUUUGCAAAGGUUUUAAAGGAUCAAAUUACAGAGAAUGAAGAGCAACGAAUACUUGAAUUUGAAAGAAAGCAAGAGGAGAGUCAGCUAAUUAAUAUGAAUAAUAUAACUUGGCAAUUAGUAGAAAUAGAAAAAUUACGUCAUAAGGAAGCUGAAAGUGCUAAAAUCCGUCAAGAUCUAGCAGAAGUGAAUGAACAAUUGAAGCAUUUUAAAGUUAUGGAACAAGAGGAAAAUAGAAUAAUAGAUUUAAGGAUAAAACAAUAUAAAAAAUAUAAAGAAGAAAGAGAAACUCAAUUAGAUGAAAAGCAAAGAUCGGAAAAUUUAUAUAAAGAGCAGGAAAAAGAAAGAUUGGCUGUACAGGCAAAGCACGCACAAGAUCUUCAAGCACAAAUUGAUGCAAUAAAUGCAGACCGUAUACAAGAAGAAGUAGAGAGGGAAUGGAGACGGAAAGAAAAAGAAGAAGCUAUGAAAAAAAUUGAAACUAUACAGGAUCUUCGGAAAGGGAGAGAAGAACAAAUAAAGAAUAAGAAAUUAAUACAAGCAAUUGAAAUUGACAGAGAAAAAUGUGAAUUUGAAAGAAUUCUACGUGUACAAAAGGAAGCAUUUUGCCAUGAUAAGAAAAACCGUGAAAAGAAACAACAAGAAGCUCUUGUCCAUCGUAGUGAAAUAUUAAAACAGGUGAAUGAAAAGGAAAGAGAACGUAUUCAAGCAAGACAGAAGAUGUUUGAAGAAGGAUUGGCAAUUCGUACACAAGUUGCUAUGCGCAAGAAAAAGUUACAGGAGGCUAUGAAUAAAAAAUGUGAAGAAAUGAGAGAGAGCAAGGUACCUGAAAUAUAUAUUAAUGAAGUUAAACGCAUGAUUGAAAAUAUUAAAUGA